GCCGGGCCGGGCCGUGGCGACGCCUCAGGGCUGCGCUCUGCCCCGCGCAGGUGGCGGCGCGGGCGCGGCUGGCGGUGACUCCCCCGGGCCGGGGCGGCGGCGGGCGCUGAGCCCUCGGCCCGGAUGGAAAGUGGUGGUGAUGCCAGAGCGGCACCUUGGCGGGGCGGCAGAGGCGGCGGCCGUGGCGGGGUUCCAGCGGUUGCCGAGCCCGGCGCUCCCCCGGCCGCGGAGACCGGCGUGAACAUGGAUGGGCCCGGCGGCGGGGAGAGCGGGGCGGCCGCCUGCACGGACGCUGCUGCAGCGCCGGCGGCCCCCGCCCCGCUGCCCCGUGGCCCCGGCUCCAGAGACCCCAAGCUGGUCCAUCAGCGGUUCCUGCGGAGGAGCGUGGUGGACUCGGACCAGGAGGAGCCCGCCUUCGACCUGCCCGAGGCGGAGCACCAGCGGAGAAUCAUCUUGCUCCCCAAAACCAGGAGGAUAAUCGCGGAGCGGGCGAAGGCGGGGCAGGGGGCGGCGGAGGCGGCGGGCCGGGAGGCCGAGUGCUCCGGAGAGCCGCGGGCAACGCCGGCCGCGGGCAGCACCGCGGGCGCCGAGGAGCAGAAGGAGCCAGGCAAGGAUGCGGAGCGGAGAGAGGUGCAGGACGCUGCCAAGGACCAGGGCAAGGCUAAGAAAGAGGAGCCCGAGGAGGAGGCUGAUAUGAAAGCGGUUGCCACCUCGCCGGAUGGCAGGUUCCUAAAGUUUGAUAUUGAACUCGGGCGGGGAUCCUUCAAAACGGUCUACAAGGGUCUGGACACGGAGACGUGGGUGGAAGUCGCGUGGUGUGAACUGCAGGACAGAAAACUCACAAAAGUUGAGAGGCAGAGAUUUAAAGAGGAAGCAGAAAUGUUGAAAGGUCUACAGCACCCAAACAUCGUGAGGUUUUAUGACUUCUGGGAAUCCUGUGCAAAAGGCAAAAGAUGCAUCGUGCUGGUUACCGAGCUGAUGACCUCUGGAACGCUAAAGACGUAUCUGAAGAGGUUUAAAGUGAUGAAACCUAAAGUCCUGCGGAGUUGGUGUCGGCAAAUCCUGAAGGGUCUUCUUUUCUUACACACAAGAACUCCACCAAUAAUUCACAGAGACUUGAAAUGUGAUAAUAUUUUUAUUACUGGACCAACUGGAUCUGUGAAAAUAGGAGACUUGGGUCUGGCAACACUCAAAAGAGCUUCAUUUGCCAAAAGUGUCAUAGGUACACCAGAAUUCAUGGCCCCAGAAAUGUACGAGGAACACUAUGAUGAAUCUGUGGAUGUCUAUGCGUUUGGAAUGUGCAUGCUGGAAAUGGCUACCUCAGAAUACCCUUACUCAGAAUGCCAGAAUGCUGCUCAAAUCUACCGAAAAGUAACCUGUGGUAUAAAGCCAGCAAGCUUUGAGAAAGUUACUGAUCCUGAAAUUAAGGAGAUAAUUGGGGAGUGCAUCUGCAAAAACAAAGAAGAAAGAUAUGAAAUUAAAGAUUUAUUAAGCCAUGCCUUUUUUGCUGAAGAUACUGGGGUAAGAGUGGAACUUGCAGAAGAAGACCAUGGUAGGAAAUCCUCUAUUGCCUUAAGACUCUGGGUAGAAGAUCCUAAGAAACUGAAAGGAAAACCCAAAGAUAAUGGAGCCAUUGAGUUUACUUUUGAUCUGGAGAAGGAAACUCCUGAUGAUGUUGCACAAGAAAUGAUUGACUCGGGCUUUUUCCACGAGAACGAUCUCAAGAUUGUGGCCAAGUCCAUCCGUGACCGAGUGGCGCUGAUCCUCUGGAGGAGGGAGCGCAUCUGGCCCAGGAUGCAGUCGGAGGAACGCCGUGACUCGGAGUGCCUGGACAAGCUGAAGGCACCGCAGGCACAGCAGGUCCAGGUCACCUACCUGUCACACACGGGCCACCACAUCCUGUCGGAGCCCGAGGAGCCAGAGGCAGACCAGCACCCAUUCCAGCAGAACCUGCCCACCAGUGUCACCUCUGUUGCCUCUGACAGCACGUUUGACAGUGGCCAGGGCUCCACGGUUUAUUCGGACUCACAGAGCAGCCAGCAAAGUGUCAUCUACUCAUCCCUGCCAGACUCUGUCCCUCCUGCCAUCCAGAGGGUGUACAGCCCCCCACUGAGUGAGGGCCAGCCUGUGCCCCACAGCCUCCCCCAGCUCGGCCACUACCAGCAGCCCUCAGCACCUGUCCUGCCCGCAGUGCCAGCCACGCCCGCCGUGGUGCCCCAGCACUACCAGGAGCCAGCAGUGCCGUUCCCUGUGGUCCCCAGCACCGUGGCUUCACUCCCACUGGGGCAGCCGCCGCAACCCGUGCUGGCUGGCCAGCAGCAGCAGCAGCCCAUCUCGCAGGCAGCCUCCCUGCAGCAGGUGCUCAGCAGCCAGCCCGUGUGCCCGCUGCCACCAGCCCCCCACCUGCUGCCGCCGUUCCCGGCACAGGGCUCGCAGCUGCCCGCCAGCAGCACCCCCCUGAAGCCCCUGCAGAUCUCCACCGUGCCACAGCUCCCGCCCGUGGCCCCUUCCCAGAUUCCUCAGUUUCCUGUCAUUCCUGCAAUUACUCCUCUGGCAGGGCUUGACAGCCUUCCUCCAAACCUGUCUGACAUCCCUGGUGCAAAUGUGCCCCCCAUUCCUGCUCCCUCCCAGUACUUUGCUCCAGCCGUGAUUCUGCCCAGCCUGCCCAUGAACCCCACGCUGCCCAUGGUGCCCAACUCCCCCGCCCUGCCCAUGCAGGCUGUCAACCUGCCCCACACCACCGUGGCUUCUCUGGUCCUGCCCUGCCAGCCCAUGGUGCCAAACAUGCCGGCAGCCACCAUCCCGCUGCUGGCUGUGGCGCCACCAGGGGUGCCGCCGCUGCCGCCACAGCCCGUGUUCCAGCCUGCCUUCCAGCCGCUGCUGCCCAGCGACACGCCCUCGCCCCACCACGCACAGAGCUCCCAGGCCGUGACCCAGGCACAGCCACCUCCUCCAGCCCUGCAGCCGAGCGUGAUCCAUCCUCCCGAGCCGGCUCACCAGCCCAUGCCUGGACACACUCAGUUUGCUCUGGAAGCUGGAGCCCAUGUGCCUGUGCUGCCAGUGCAGCCCUCCAUGGUCAUGUCACCGCCGUUGCAGCUGCAGCCGGAGCUGGUGCCGCCCUGCGUCGCUGCCGAAGGCAUUGCCCAGGUCCAUGGCAGCCUUGCCACGGCUGCCCCGCCUGCCCCCAUAGAGCCUGGCCUGCCUCUCCGGCCCUCUGCUCUGCUGCAGCUCCAGCCUGAUCUUUCCCAGCCACUGGGCCAGCAGCUCCCAGCUCCCUGCUCGGCUGUGGUGGCAGGCACCGAGACAUCUCAAGAGGAGCAGGCAAUACAGGACAAACUCCAAGCUCUGUCCCAGAGUUGCGAAAGCUACAUGAGCCCAGAUGUUGUUUCUGGCAGAGAGAUGAGUGACAGCUUGGAAGGAGCAACAGGAAGUGGAAAGCAAGAAGGAAAAUCUUCAAAGAAGCAUAAGAAAUCCACGCGUGCUCGUUCGCGCCAGGAGAAGUCCAACAGACCCAAACUGACCAUAUUAAAUGUGUGUAACACAGGGGAUAAAAUGGUGGAGUGCCAGCUUGAAACCCAUAACCACAAAAUGGUGACGUUCAAAUUUGACUUGGAUGGUGACGCGCCAGAGGAAAUUGCUACUUACAUGGUGGAGAAUGAAUUCAUCUUGCAAAGUGAAAAAGAGACUUUUAUUGAGCAAAUGAAGGAUAUCAUUGAUAAAGCAGAAGAUAUGCUCAGUGAGGAUACAGAAGGAGAGCGAAGUUCUGACCAGGGAACAAGUCCCCAGCAAGAUGCAGAUAGGCUGGAAAUAAGCGAGGAGAAGCGUCAGUCUCAAAUGAAGACACCUGUGUAUCAGCAAAACGUUUUGCAUACCGGAAAAAGGUGGUUUAUUAUAUGUCCAGUGGUGGAAAACCCUACUACAGAUGCCCCCGAGUUUUCUCCCCCGGUGCCUCCCAGUGCCCAGCAGACAGAAGGGCCAGACCCAGAGCAGUCAGAUGACCAGCCGGUGAGCUCUGCGGUGACAGAGGCACCUGGGCUCGGGGCUGGCCAGCAGCUUCCCCUGCACACAGGGGUCAGUGACAGCCCCCUUGGAGCCGCCCCAUCCUUGGCACCAGCUCCUGCUGCAGCAGCUCCUGCCAGCAUAGCAAGCCAGCCAGAGUUCCCAGCCCCAGCCCUGCUGGCAUCUGCCCCGAGUAUCGCGGAGCCUGCAGUGGCCAGAGGAGGUCAGCCGGAGUUCCCCCAGCCCGGCCCCCAGGCCCCCCGAGAAGUGGGGCUGGAGGAGCCCCCCGAGGCCCCGGCCCUGCAGCUGCAGCCGCAGGCGGAUGAGCCGGCGUGCGUGCCCGACGUGGAGAUCGCCUGCUGCAGCGUGGGGCCGCCCGCGGCCACGCCGGCAGCUCCGGGGCCGCUGCCCGCGCCUCCAGAUGCCGCGGUGCUGGAGCGGCAGCCGGCGCCACAGGGGCCGCACCUGCCGGAGGGCGGCCAGCCCGGCGCGGGGCCCUUCAGCAGCCAGCCCUUCCCCACGGCCGCCGGCCCCGAUGCCCUGGCCUUGGCGGGGUCCCAGCUCCAGAGCCCCACGCAGGUGCCGCUGGCCACAUCCCAGCAGCUGCCGAUGGCGCAGGGUGGCUCGGGGAUGGCCGGGUCAGGGGUUGGCCUGCUCCAGCAGCAGAACCCCCCUGGCACCGCCGAGUCUGAUGGCGAGGGCCCCCCCAGGGUGGACUUCGUGGACAACACAAUUAAAAGCCUUGAUGAGAAGCUGCGCAAUUUGCUGUACCAGGAAUAUGUUCCAACUUCUUCGGCAUCAGUGGGGACGCCGGACACCUCUGUGCCACCUGAGCAGGGCGACAGUGAAUUUACCUUAUCCCCUUUUCCUGAAGAACAAGCUUCUGCCGCAGCGUUGAAUGGGAGAGAACCAGGCUGUAGCAUCCCGGACACCGGCCAGGAGGUGAAAGCUGCUGCUGAGCCGCUGGUGCCCCUCGUGCCCUCGGAGGCCUUGCCUUGCCCACCGCUGGUCAGUCCCCCAGCGGCUCUGCCCUUCAUCCCCUCAAAGCCAGCCUGUAGGGCUGGCCCCAGAGCAGAGCUCAUGACUCACUCUCCUGCGUUGAACAAGCCAGAAGUCACUGGUGUGAGUGCUCAUCCCUCAGAGGAAAGAGGUGGGUCGGCAGGCAGAACAGGUCCAGCCACAAGCAUCGCUCCAGCUCCUGCUGCUCCAGCAAAAGGCCUCCUUCAGGUUGCACCUUCAUCAUCAGGCACAGCUCCACAGAUGGAGACUUUCCAGAGGAGCGAGGAGGCAGAGAGGACGGCUUCACCCGCACAUGCAGAGAGCGUAAUGCGGCGAGCGACAGCAGAUGGGGCAAUGAGUAACUUCCACAGGGAUGGUUCUCCGGGCUCUGGUUCCUAUGGAAAACAGGCUGAGGCUCAGGAGAGCGGCACGCCGGCCAAAACCAUUGGCAGGUUUUCAGUCAUCAGCACGCAGGACGAAUUAACUUUAGCGGCACCGCAAUGCUUGAGGUUCUCGGCCCCCCCAGAUGUGUACCUGGACGAGCUGCCCUCCAGCCCGGACAUGAAGGCUGCUGUCCGCAGGCUCCAGACGGCCUCGUCCGUGGACGUCCUGUGCGAGCAGGCCUCGAGCGACUCUGCCGACGAGCCCUUCCCGCGGCAGCUGGCGGCUGCUGCAGCUGCACAGCUCUCCCCCCCCAGCAGCAGCACAGCCACAGACUUAAUCAAAAAAGCAGCUGCUUUUCUGCAGAGGUCUGCCAAAGGUGGCUCCCCUGGCCCAGAGUCACCCAACGGGCAAGGUGCGAAGAUUCCUACCAUCAACAUCACGUCCUUCCACUCACAGUCGUCCUACAUGAGCAGUGACAAUGACUCAGAGUUUGAAGAUGCUGAUAUGAAGAAAGAGUUGCAGAACCUGAGAGAAAAGCAUAUGAAAGAGAUUGCUGAGUUGCAGACGCAGCAGAAGAACGAGAUAGAGGCACUGUAUAUUCGCCUGGGGAAACCCCUUCCUCCCAACCUGGGCUUCCUUCAUUCUGCCCCUCCAAGCGGCCGGCGCCGAAGAACCAGCAAAAACAAACUGAAAGCUGGAAAGCUCUUAAACCCUCUGGUCCAGCAGCUCAGGAGUGGAACAUCAAGCACAAGUAACCUUUCAGACUCUAAAGACUCGCCCCACAAAGAAAGCAGUAACUUGCAGCCAGCCUUCCCCGAAGCUGCCGCGGUGCCUCCCGGCACAGCGCCCGCCCUGGGCAAGGCUGUGCAGACCCAGCAGCCCUGCUCUGUCAAAGCCUCUCUGUCCUCCGACAUCUGCUCCGGCCUGGGCCUCGACGCAGCUGACGCCAGCACAGGCUCUGGCCAAGGCUGGACGGUUUUCCACCAAACGUCUGAGAGAGUGACCUAUAAAUCUAGUAGCAAACCUCGUACCAGAUUCCUCAGUGGACCUGUGUCUUUGUCCAUCUGGUCCACCUUGAAACGACUAUGUCUAGGCAAAGAUCACAGUAGUAGAUCCUCAACCAACAGCCUGGUGACGUGUCCUGAGCCCCUCCCACAGUCGACGCUGCAGGUUCAGGCCAACAACAGUAACAACAAGAAAGGGAUGUUCACAGAUGACCUGCACAAGCUGGUGGACCAGUGGACGAGCAAAACUGUUGGAGCUGCACAGACAAAACCUUCUUUAAACCAACUGAAGCAGAACCAAAAAAGGCAAGACAUGGAGCCAAAGGCUAACCCCAUGCAAACGCAGAAUGAGACAUGUGGAGUAAGUUCGGUAAGGACAGGACUGGGGAGCAAGUGCCCCGUUCCAGUGGCUUGCCCCAUGCCCACAGGAUUAGCUCCUGGAGCUGCGCCAUCUCUGCCAGUGCCUGUGCCAGGCCCUGCCCUGGCCGGCGCGGUGACACCGUACGUGAUGCCUCUCUGUCAGUACGGAGCCGUGUUCCCUUCGCCCGUGUAUGGAGUGCCGUGGCCGGGUCCGGUGGCGCAGCCGGGGCUGGUCCGAGGGCCCGGCAUCGUGCGCUUCUCGCCGCUGGGCCGGACCUGCCUGCGCAUGUACCCGGUGCCGCUGCAGCGCCCGGCCCGGCCCGCCAGCCCGCGGCUGCGCAUGACCUAGCAGGGGGCCCUGCGACGGUGACCCUCCCACUGGAACUCUCCCAUGGAGACCUUGACAUGGGUGACCCUGUCAGUGGGUGGCCUUGCCGUGGGUGACCCUGCCCUGGGUCCCGGUGGCUUUGAUGCCGUCGUGUUGGAGUGUUUGCUCUGUACAUGCCAUGGUCUGUUUGGGAUGAGGCGGGGCCCCGGGCACAGCCAUACCCUGCAUAAGCAAUCACUGUGAGGCGGCAUCACCACAGAUCAUUUGUUGUCAAGGCGAUACCUGCUUCUGUCCCAUUGCUGAAGACACUUUAUUCCUUGUGUUCUGUUUCACAAUUGUGAUCCUUAAAGUCAUUGUACUUGAAUUGAUAAUUAGCAAAUUGUACUAACCCCGCAGGAGUUCAGUGCCUUGAAUCUCAGCUUUCCAGUCCCAGCUGGAAAGAGAUGUAUAAUUAUUUGAAAGGUGUAUUUUAUUUACAAUCUGCUUGUGAGUUGGAGGUUUUUUUAUUUGCAAAGAUACUGCAGGUUUACAACUGAUGCUCCUCAUCAGCUUCAUUCUGCUGUAAAUGCUUUGUUUUUAUUCACGGGUUGAAUUCUGAAACUUUUAGAAAUAAGAAUUGUGAGGUGAGAUUUGUUUGACAUGCUUGUUUGAUGCACUGAUCGUAAAAUUGUUGGUGUUUGUACAAGGAGUAGUGAAGUGUACAUUGUAAUGUAGGAGCAUUUACAGAGUGAUCUAAGGAAGGUGUAUACAAGGACAGGGGAACAGCUUCAGGCAGUGCUCUCCGUUCUCCUUCCCAGCCUGUGGUAAAGUCACUGUAGAUGACGACUUAAUUCUGUAACGGGCAGCAAAUGCUGUUUUCCUCUGGAUCAGCAGCACACUGGCUUUCAUUUCCUUUCCUGAUGUUGUGGGCUUUUAUAAUUUAGUUAACUCAGAAGCUCAUGCAUGUUCUAUAAGUGAAGACAAGUAAUGGAGCUGUUGAUUCUAGCAGACCAUUUCUGCAGGUGGCUGUGAGCCCUGUGUGAGCAGAGCAUGUGUUCAGGUUCUGCUCCAGCCACUGUGCUUGAGGGCAAUGUCUGUUCCUUGGUGUGCCAGCUGUGUUCGUGCUACAACAGAAUAAAAAUGUGAAGCUGUUCUUUUUCAUAUCUGACACUUCAGGUUUGGUGUCUCACCACCUUCUGUUUGGAAUUUUUUAUUUAUUUAUUUAUAUAUUUAUCUUUAUUUUUACCCAGUUUGCGCUCCAGGUGGCACGGACACCUCUCUCCUGUUUGAAAGUUGCUUUUUUCCUAUUUUACUGUGCAUAGAGCCUCCACCUGCACUUAGUGUAAAGGCACAAGGUAACCACUAGAGCUGGUUUGCCAUGGUAAGUCUCCUUCCUUCCCUGAGCACCAUGGGCAGCAUUACAGGCACAGGACCCAGGUGUGGCCGCACCCAGAGGCCCCACAACAACAUUUUGUAACUCUCUGCUGAGGGGCAGAGAUGUCCUGUGCUGCCACGCUAUGAAUUGUAUAGUUCUAUUGUACUUCAAGCAUUAUACCUGUCUAAAUUACCUUGUUUGUACCCUUUGAAUAUAUUAUUCCAUCAAUUCAGUUAGAAUUGAAUUUUAUAGACAAUUAUGCAGAGUCUUCUGCCUGGGCAAAAUACUUACUGCAGUAAGAGAUUUCUGUUCUCUGUACCAUGUAUCUUUAAUUUGUUUGGGUUUUUUAGAUUCAUGUCGGUAUGCUUCAUGAGCAAACAUGGAAAAUAUGUUCUCACACCGGGUUCCCUUCGGCUCACACUGAAUCCUACAGUUUAUGUUGCUAUUGCCUGUAUAGUCCAUCCCUUGUAUACUGACAAAGUCAGUGGCACUAAAAGCCCCAAGAAAUUGUAUAGAUUAAAAAGAAAAAUAAACAUUUUGUGCUUGAAAA